AAAAAACGUUAUUCAAUGGAAUUUAUGGAAUUAUUAUGUCAUUUGUGAAAGUGAAAUAGUAGAAUCUUGCCAUAAGUGUGUUCUCGGUUACAAGCAUAUAUCUCAGAAAAUUGAAAAAGAAUGUCUCCCUGAUUUUGCGCAAUGUUUUAUGGAGAUUUAUAAGCAUUGCACUUCACAUAAAAAUUAUUUGAAUUAUGAAAAGUUUUUGGAAGAUCUUCAACUAUUAUGGAAAGAAUCCAAGAAGCCUAUCACUUGCAGUUUUCCUCAGCUUCCUGAUGAAAUAAUAAUUAAAAUAUUUAGCUGUUUAGAUUUAAAAUCAUUGAGCCGUAUCAGCAGAGUAAAUAAACGCCUAAAUAAUUUAUCACAAGAUCCUAAAUUUUACAAAAGUCUGAACAUACGAAAUAUACAUUAUACAUAUUGGCGCUUCAGUUUCGAUGAUAUAUUUCUCUAUUUUGCAUCCAGAUGUAAAUAUUUGACACAAGUGGAUCUUUCAUUUUGCACAUUUUCUGUAUCGGCCUUUAAUAAAUUUCUUGCUACUUGUGGCAAACUUUUGACUGAUUUAAGAUUAAAUAAUUGCCCACUUAUCAACGAUUCUGCUGUACAUCAAAUUUCAACGAUAUGCAGAAAUUUAAAAGGAUUGGAUUUAAAUGGUUGUAAUUGCGUAAACGAUCAAGGAUUAUCUUAUCUUAUAAAUCUGGAAUCUCUUGAGCGUUUGCAUCUUGAAAACGUGAAAGCCUUAAAUGCUGUAACUGUUUGCAAAAUACUGCAGAGCAAUCGACAAAUGCGUGACUUAAAUUUAGCACGCAUGUGCUCAAUUUUAAAUUUAAACGAAAUCGCAAUAAGAUUGAAAACUUUAUGUCCAAAUUUGGAAAGGAUAAAUUUAGCAAAAACAAAUUUACCAUCGAAAGCUAUUGAUGCCCUUGCCGAUUGUAAGAAUCUGCAGGAAGUGAAUUUUAGAAAUGCGUGGACAAAUUGCGGAUAUACACCCAGCUUAAGGGAUAGCUUCCAUAGAUUAUUUUCCUCUUGUCAACGCUUGGAAAAAAUCGACUUAAGCUUUAAUCAUUUACUACCAAGUUAUGUAUUGGAAACUUUAACACUGUGUAAAAAUUUAAAGUGUUUAAUGUUGAUAAAAGUAACUUCUGUAACACCUGCGACACUCCGUGACACAUGUUUUGAAAUUCUCCUGCAAUGUCCCAAAUUGGAAGAAAUCUAUCUUCCAUUUAUGGUAACGAACAUAUUGACUGAUCAUUGGAACGAAAGAUAUCAAAAUGUAACCAUUUUUUCCUUCGAUUGAUUAAUAAAUACUGUAAAAAUGUGGUGCAAAAUAUAACAGCACACAUUUUAGUUAUGGGAUAUUGCUAAAUGGGAAGCAAAUUUGUAACUAAACUGUGCCCUCAGUUGGUUUCCAAUGUGAAUCAAAUCUGCAGAACACAUUCCGCAGUCAAAUUGACGACAAAACACUACAGCAAAUGUGAUAAUAGCAAUGUGACGACAACAACGGAUUCUAAGCAGAUCUAUCAGUUUACUGUAAAGCGCCUAUAGAUUUGAAUUAUUUCAAACGCAAAUUAGAUCUGUCGCCAAAGUGGUGUCAAAUACAAAUCAAAUCUGCUUUCAAAAGUAAAAGCAAAUUAAUGUUAAUUUCUUAAUUGUAUUGAUUUUUACAAUUAUUAAUUUUUACAAUAAAAAGUUACUCUGUUAAAAUACACUAUCUCAUUUAUUUUUGUCUUUGAACCCAAUGUUGAAUACUCGCUUUCAAAAUCACUUUAUUAGAAUAUACAUGUAAGUAAAAUAUUUCAUAUUGUUGCACUUUUUAUAUUUUAUUGUGUACAAUUUUUACUAACAAAGAAUAAACUCUGCCGCAUCAAUCAAUAUUAGAGCGACGGGAGCGUGUUGCACUGCGGAUGAACAACUUAAAAAAAAAAAAAACAAACCUUUUGAAUUUUUGCCAUCAACGUGUUCAAUAGAUAUAUUUGCUCUAUAUAAUCGAUUGUCUAUCUCUUAAGUACUUUUUAAUUAUCACAUCCCUAGAAAAAUUGCCUUAUUUCUUUAUACGUAUUUAUUUUAGGAGGG